CCAUCAAAAUCAUUAUUCAUCAUGUGUUAGUUAAAAUAACAAUAACCGAAAUUACAAUGCUAAAGUUCUGAUACUAGUGUUAGCUUAAAAUACCUUAAUAACAUAAUUCAAAUAUUGUACAGAAGAAAAACUAGAAAGAAAUGUCUUUGAUAUCAUUCAAUAUAGUGAAAAGAUAUUUGCAGACCACCGCAUACCAAUUGGCCAAGGCAAAGUGCCACAGAGACCCGGAGCCAGUAGGCCACAAAACUGGAGGUUAUAAAAUCUACAAGGGACUGACGUUCUUCGUCAUGUUCCCUCUAAUCGCGGCAGCAGCGGCCUACACGUACUUAAACAAAACGAAAUGUCCCGAGGAACGACCCGAGUUCGUGCCCUACAGCUACUUGAGGAUCAGGUCGAAGAGGUUUCCUUGGGGGGACGGCAAUCAUUCCUUGUUCCACAACUGCGAGAUCAACGCGCUUCCUGAUGGCUACGAGGAGUGCGAGAAGGAAGACGGCAAUGAAUGACUUGCUGACUAAAUAUUGUAACAAUUUUCUGGCUUGGCACGGUAUUAAACAAAUUUAACUACA